CUCUCUCGCGAACCUUUUUUUUUUUUUCCUUCCCUUCUUCCCGGCCUCCCUUGCGCGCGCGCGCGGGGCCUGCUUCUGCCCACCCCUGGCACGUGACGCGGGCGCUCCGAAGAGAGAAGGCAUCUUGGCGGGGCGGGCAGGCAGGGCUUAGGCUGGUGAGGGGGGGUGGGGGCCGGCCAACGGGGCGCUGCUGGUGGUUGGAAGAGCGACGGCGGGCGUCCCGCAGGAGGAGGACAGGGCGGCCGGAGCACGAGCGGUGAAAGGGGAGAGGGCUUUGGGCCAGAACUGAGCAGCAGGGCUUCUCCCCCCCCCAAAAAAAGAAAAUAAUUGGGGUGCAACCGAGAUUCUUUGCAGAACAGCUGGUGAGGAAGAAGUCUCUCUUGACCUCCUUUCAGAAGACUUUGGGAUGGAUGCCCUUCAAAUUCAGGAAGAGCAAGUAGAAAGAAACCUGUGCGGAAGGCAGUUAUCAGGAACGCUGCCUACCGGCCACUGGACUGGAUGAAUCGGCAUCUGAAGGACAACGGAUUCUGGUUUGCCUGAAAACUGGAGCUCAUGUGUUCAGUGUCCUUUGAUUAUGUCAAUCCAUUGUGUGGGAAACCCUCUAAUGCUCAGUACUGCAACCCAGGCUGACUUUUAUAGCCACAGAGGAAAUUGUAUCAAAUUUGCUCUCUUCAGAAAAUUAUUUCUCUCCGUUUGCCUUCGCUCACUGCUUGAAACACAGCUGGACUGCGUAGUGACCAUCGCUCCAAGGGCUGGAAGUUAACCCCCCAAAAGGUGUUGCUAUGGGAUGAUUCUUCGUUUAGGAUAGCAACAGAGACUCUUUCACUUUCGAAGUUGUAAUCUAAGAACAGCCUUGACUUUGGUCUUCAGCGAUCGGUUCUCAGUGCGUCAUAACCCUGAAUGCUCCCGUACGUACACCUGUGGCCUAAAGCGAUGGAAACCAUGCCUUGAGAAUAGCUGCAACAAACGCAUAGCCAUGACGGAACCCCACCGGGUCCAACUCACCUCUUUAUCAGGCCCACUGGGUACCCCUUUGCUGAAAAAACCUCGGUGGGAGGAUGUCGCCAAUCCAGAGCAGCCUCCAGAGUCUGAGCCAGCAGCUGCAGCCGUACGCAUCGCCCUCUCCCUUUUUGAGCCAGAUCACAAGCGCUGCCCGGAAUUCUUUUACCCAGAACUGCUAAAGAUGACGCGAGGCAAAGCGAAAAGCAGUUCUGUGGGAGAAAAGAAAAAAGACUUUGCUGAUCCCUUCAACGACGAAGAGAAGGAGAAGCACAAAGCAGAAGCCCUUACCAGGAAGUUUGAAGAGAAAUAUGGUGGAAAGAAGCGCAGGAAAGACCGUUUUCAGGAUUUGAUUGACAUGGGACAAGGAUAUGAUGAAUCAGAUUCUUUCAUUGAUAAUUCUGAAGCUUAUGAUGAGCUUGUUCCAGCAUCUCUAACAACCAAAUAUGGAGGCUUCUACAUCAACUCUGGAACUCUGCAGUUCCGACAGGCUUCCGAGUCUGAGGAUGACUAUAUCAAGGAGAAAAAGAAGAAGUCUCCUAAGAAGCGGAAAUUGAAAGAGGGAGGUGAGAAGGUGAAGAAAAAGAAGAAAGAUGACAAUUACGAGAAAGAGAAGAAAUCGAAAAAAUCGAAAUUUCCUAAAACUGGUUUCACAGCUCUGAAUGCUAGCAAAGAGAAGAAGAAGAAGAAAUACUCAGGGGCCUUGAGCGUCAAGGAGAUGCUGAAGAAAUUCCAGAAGGAAAAGGAUGCCAAGAAGCAGAGGGACGAUGAACCUAAACUUAGCAUCCCCUCGUUGGCCGAAACCCCAGCUCAGCGGGAAGCGGAGUCUGUGCCUGACCCCCUCCUCUCUCUCUUCGGUCACACGAGUGACAACGAACUCCUUCAGGCAGCCACAGCCAUGGACUCCCUGACCGACCUGGACCUGGAGCAGCUUCUGAACGAAUCUCCGGAGGAGAGCCCUUUCCUGGAGAUGGAGAAUGGGAGCGAUCCCCUGGGAGCAGGCCUGGAACCCGACCUCAAGCAGGUCCCUCCCUCCCUUCCCGAGGGGCUUCCAGAACCCCUGAUGAAACGCGUGGAGGAGCUCACUCAGGCUGCCAGAGCUGCGGAGAGAGAAGGCAAACACAAGUUCUUCAACCAAGACAUGAAUAGCAUCUUACUGGAUAUAGAGCUGCAAACCCGGGAGCUGAAUAGCCAAAUACGAUCAGGAGUCUAUGCGUAUCUGGCGUCCUUCUUGCCCUGCAAUAAAGAUACUCUGAUCAAGCGGGCCCGGCGACUUUACGUGUAUGAACAGGGGGGUCGGCUGAAGGAGCCACUUCAGAAGCUGAAAGAGGCUAUUGGCAGAGCAAUGCCUGAGCAGAUGGCCAAGUACCAGGAAGAAUGCCAAGCGCACACCCAGGCCAAGUUUGCCAAGAUGCUGGAAGAGGAGAAGGACAAGGAGCAAAGAGACCGGAUUUGUUCGGAGGAUGAGGAUGAGGACGAUAAAGGAGGAAAGAGAAUCAUGGGACCUCGGAAGAAGUUUCAGUGGAAUGACGAAAUUAGGGAUUUGCUCUGCCAAGGUGUGAAGAUGAAACUGGAUGGGUAUGAUGUGGAGAAGAACAAAGCUCAGUCCAUGGAAGACUGUGUAAAAACAUUCCUAGAUGCAGAAGUCAAACCUCUUUGGCCAAAGGGAUGGAUGCAGGCCAGAGACAUUGUUCAAGAGAGCAGAAAAGUGCACAGUCAUCUCACUUCAAUUCCAACCAAGAAAAAAGUGGUGGCCCCUCCAAAGGUGAAGGGAAAGGAGCCUUCUGGCAAACCGGAGAAGAAGAUUCCCCUUCCCGUCCCCUUGAUCCACUCCAGCAGUGCAGUUUCCCUUUCUCCAGAGUCCCAGGGAGUUGUCGUCGGCCUCAGCCCUCAAACGAGGGAACUGUUGGCUAUGAGUUCAAAUCCAGUCCCCAGUGGCAUGGCUGGUGCUGCUCCUCCUCCUCCUCUUCCUCCCCCUCCUCCUCCUCCUUUCAGCAUGGACGAUUCCCUUGAUGAGGACUUGAUCCAUCACACGACUUCAUCUCUGGAAGCUGUCUCCAAGGAACUGGCUGCGCUCAACAGCCGGGCAGGAGGCAACAGCCCUGACUUCACGCUCUCUCCAGCUCUGAAGAUGCCCGUGGAGAAGCCCUCGACUCAGGCCAGCUUGGAAGAGAAGAGGGUCUUCCCCAAAGCGGCCCCCACCCCUGUUCAUUCAGCCGCAGGAGGCUCCGUGCAGUCCCCACUCAAUUUCUUGGCCGAACAGGCAUUGGCGCGGGGUCAAUCUCCUCCAGAGAAAAAAAUCGAGGCCCCUCCUUACAAAGAACUCCCUUGCCAGAGUCCUCCUUCCAAGCAUCUGGAUGCCCACCAGGCCAAGCCGAAACACCACAGCCUGCCCCGGGCACUGCAGCAAUGUCCUCAGACCUCAACCCCGGUGCCGACCCCCCAAGUCAAAGUGUUCCCUGUGGUUGCUCAGCAGCAGAAGAGCUUUCCCCCUUCCCCGCCUUUUGUCAAGCUGCAGAACCCCAAGAUCAUCUCCCCACUGGCUCAGCGCCCUCUCCUCCAGCAACAAGUCAAGACCCCCGCCAAGGUUCCCACCUUCCAUUCUUCCUCCUCUCCUUCCGCCGUCGCCUCCUCCUCCACCAUCUCUCCCAAGACCCCCAAUUCUUCAGUGUCUCUGAGCUACGUCGGGAAGCACCCCAGCAGCCCCAGCUCCUCGGGGCCACCGUUUAAGUCGCCCUUUGUGGCCCUGUCCAGGCACGUGGCUUCUGCCGGGAACGUCUCGUCCGGCAUUUCCUCAACUCAGAGCUCCCCGUCGAGCGGCAUCCUGCCAGGCGCCUCUGUCCCUUCUGGGCAGGCUCCCAGCCGCUCCUCGCCCAGUUCCAUGGUGAAGAAGACCCUCGUCCCUCAGAAGCUGACUUUGGUGGCUCCGCCAGGAGGUCCUAACGUCAGCUCCAGUGGAGGGACGCAAGGAGUGGCCAAGCUGCUGACCUCUUCCCUGAAACCUGCCGUGGUUAGCAGCGCCGCAUCCUCUACCUCUGGGCCGAAAGGAACCGGUGGAGCAGUCCUGCUGACCAGUUCAUCGUCUUUGAACGUCCUGUCUCCUUCCUACAAGUCCAACAGCCCAAAGCUGCCCACGGCACUGAGCUCUGCUCCGCUGGGGAUUAUCUCGCCGAUCCCUUCCUUCCCUCUUCACGUGAUCUCCUACAGCUCAGACUCUUCGUCCAAGGCUGGGGUGUCGAAGGACGUGGUAGUCACAGGACCGGCCCCAGGAACAUUCCAUCACAGCGUUGGCCAUAGUCUUCUGGCUGGGUUGUCUACCAGCCUCCAUCAGGCAGUGCCGCCUGCCCAUUUAUCCCACAGUUUGCCAGAUAGUUCUCAGCUACACAGCAAAGGGCCCAAUGUACAACCGAGGAAAUUGUGACAGUUCUGGAAAAAAAAAAAGAACACAACCAGCUCUAGGGGGGAAAAAAAGCCUGCAGAAUAAUGCAGCAAGGGAGCCUCACCUGUUGUUUCCUUGCUUUUCCUUCUUCGGUGGAAUCGAUCUGUAGGUCCCCUACUUCCCCUUAUCCCAGUUUGGACUAAGAUUCUUCCCCCGGGGUGGGGUGGGGGGCGGGGGCUGUCUGAGCUGGAUACCGAGGAAGGAAGCAUUCCGCAGGCCCGACUCUCACUUCAAGUUCCUCCAAGGGGUCCAGAUCAGAGGGAGGCGAGAUCCUUGGAGCAGAUCUCCCUGUGGAAGCCAGGUCCCAUGAGUUCCUGCCAGGUGCCUCUUAAUUCUGCAGCGGAGUCCUGCAAAGGCCCUCGCUUCUGCCUGCGGAUGGACUGGCUAAUCGGAGCCACCGCCCCAAGUGAAUCUGUGUGUUGCGGGGAGGGUGUUUCUCCUCCUCCCCGAAAGCUUUGCUGAUCCUUACCUGGAAGAUCUUUUCCUUCUCCGUGGCAGCUCUCUGGUCCUUCUCAGAAGGAAGUGAAGACUUUAGAAGGCCUUAAGAUGCACUUGAGGACCCUCGAACGCCGAUUGGGGGGCUCUCUAUUGGCAGUUCUAGUUACCCUGCCAUCUUCCCUAUUCCCAAUAAGCCCAGUCCUUCUCCUUCUCUCCACUGAAGACAUCGGAUGGGGUUCUAAGCCCUCCCUUACUCACCCCCCCCAAUGGGUCAAUGUGUAUAACGAAGCUGUCAUUUCAGUGCCUUUUGAUGGUGGAGCCAGAAUGCAAGCUAUCCCAAGCUCUCUUUUUUUAGGUGGGAGCUCGCCAGAGCUUUUUAACGUUCUCUUUUUUUAAAACAUCCUUCUCUGUUAUUUAAGGCGCAUCGGGAUUUAUUUAAGGGAACUUUGGGGAGGGCUGUAGGGUGGGUAGGGGUGGCCCAUCCUUAUCCCCAUUUUAACUGCACUCGCUGGUGGAUGCCGUGCUGAUAAUGUGGGGUGGGCAUGUCUGGGAAAGCUGCCAGUUCUCUCCUGCAUUGGGCAAAUCAAGUCAAGGCAGGGACUUCACGCUUUGCUGUGAGACCUGGCAUGUUUUAUGCACCCAGUGACUUGAUGCGGGGCACCUUUGCUCACAUGCAGUUGCCUCUUUGUGCCUGGAACAGCUGAGAGAGCUUCCCCUUAUGCUCUGAGUGGAAGGGAGAUGCCGAGAUUCCAUUUUACUUCAGGACUUAAAUCAUUUUCUAAGUAGACUUUCCCCCCUCCCCUUCUUUCUUAAAACUGCUUAGUUGCAACUCUUUAACUGGCUGGGGAUAUAUAUAUAUAUACUGAACAAAAUUCCGCAUUGGUGACAGGAAGGACAUCCAGCCAUUAAAAUACUCUGCUUGCUCCAUUAGGCUCACCCUGCAAAGGAUUGUGGAGUCGUUAAGUGAAGAUGAUGAUGAUCUGGUCUGGAGGUUACUUUGGAGUAAAGCUGAUCUAGAUUUUUGGUUUGGUUUGGCUUGGCUUGGCUUGUCGCUGUUCUGUUGCUGCUUCUAGAGAAACAGAUGCCUUGCGGGGGGAGAGGAGUAAUUUAACAGUACAGGCAUCAAUUAUCCCAUUUUGUGUGUGUGUGUUUGGAGCUUAAAAAAACACGUUUGAGCUCACACAGUACAAGGCUCAUUAAACUUGCUGGGUGCUAAGUUGCUACUCUUCAGCCAGAGUUGCAGGUGGUGGUGGUGGUGUUGGUGGUGAUGGUGGAAUUCUUUUUUCUUGCAAACUCAACCCGAAAAGCUUAUCAGCCCAACUUGAGGUCUUCUUGCGGCCAGCGGAAAUUGUUCCUUGCAGCCUCUUCUCCCAUCUUGAACCCCAAUUUACUGAUUCUUCCACUCAAACGGAAAAAAAGCACUUGAUUCCUCAAUUCGUCAAACCCCUUUUUUAAAACACAGACACACAGCGAGUUCUGUUUGAUUUGAGACAACCCCUCUUCCCCUAU